UCUGAUCUGGAUUCUGGAAGCUGCUGGAGGACAAAUACGAUCUUUGAUUAUGAAGAAAAAACAAAGUGUUUAGUCUGAUAUGAUCAGCUGCUUCAAGAAGACCCUGAACCGGAACCAUGGCGGUCCCGGUGACCGAGUCCGACCAGAUCAAACAGUUUAAGGAGUUCCUGGGGACCUACAACAGGGUGACUGAGAACUGUUUCAUGGAUUGCGUCAAAGACUUCACGGGCAGGGAGGUGAAGCCAGAGGAGUCCAGCUGCUCCGAGUCCUGUCUCCAGAAGUACCUGAAGAUGACUCAGCGUAUCUCCAUGAGGUUCCAGGAGUACCACAUCCAGCAGAACGAGGCCCUGGCUGCUAAAGCGGGCCUUCUCGGGUCCCGCUGACCUGCCUCCGAGGACCUCAAAGCAUCAUGGGAAAUGUCAGACCUAUGGAACUCUAAGUAUUUAAUGCUGAAUAAUCUGUUAAUAAAAUGUUUUUUUAACCAGU